CACGAGGAUUGAGCAAAUGAGGAACUGGAGAGCAAUAAGCAAUUAGUGAGCUGAAAGUUUCACUCCCUGUCGCCAUCAGAAAAUGAAAUCAGGGACCAACUCCCAGGGGAAUACCUCCGAUAGAACCUAACGGCACAUUUCUCUUCUUGGAUCCCAAAAGAAGUAACCCGUGUCCAUUCUGAACACUUCUAUUCAUUUUCAUCAUCACAUUCACGAGGUGAGAACAGAAAUCGGUCCCAAACCCCCCUACUGACACGACCGCCCGCUAAAACCGAUAAAAAUGUUGUCCAAAAAGCAAAAUUGAUAAAUGAAAAAGCCAAGGAGUCUGCGCGUUGCGAGACAAAACGACAUUUCAACAGCCAGCGGGCGUUUCAGAUGUGGUAUCCAGCAUCCAGCAUCAGUCGCGAUAGAAUUUUGCGCACCGUAGCACGCGGGCAGUGACGUCGAUGUUUUUCCGUGCAGAAUUUUCGCGCGAGUAAUACGACGUUUCUUUGCUGUUCUAUCAAAAUUUUUGUGAGAAUUUGUCAGUUGGCGUUCCGAAUGGAUAAGAAAAUUUAAAUAUUGCAGAUCGUCACUGGUUCUUUUUAAGAUAUAAUUGAAAAGCGCCAGCACGAACCAGAGCGUGGUGAAAAGAAUAAAGCCAAAGCUCCAUCCUCCGCGCCACAAUAAAACCAGAGGGAGCAACUGACCCGCCAUUGUGUCUGUAGACAAUGUGUGAAUAUAUGCGGCGAACGUGUUUGCCAUAAUGUCCGCCAUUCCUAGGCGCAUUCACUUCCAACCGGGAUAUAUCUCAAGAAGGACAAUAGCAACCGCGAAAUCCGUCAACCAUAUUUCGUCAACCGUUCGCGUUUCUCGCAAUCUAUGAGGUGCUGAUUGUCGAACAUUGAAGAAGAAAUUAGACAGGACCAAUGUGCGGUAACUCUAAAGGUACCCUUGCCCGUUUCGGCUUGUUCCUGGGGAUGGUGGCGUCAGUAACGCUGCUCGUCGCGUUCGUCAGCAACUCGUGGCUGACUACGAAAGAGCCGGUUCUGCUUCCGAAUUCCAGGAUAUCGACAACCAUACAGUUCAGGAUCGGAUUGUGGGAGGUGUGCCCGUUGGUCAAGAAGGUGAACUCGACAAUACAUGUGCCAAGGCCGUCGUGUGCUGCUAUCAAGUAUGAAGGUUGGCGGGACAUCACGCACACAGAUUUGGGCCUAUGGACGCCACUGGAAUUGGGACCAGCGUUUAUAACCAGGAUGAGGUAG